AUGGCAACUCUAAAUACUAUUCACUAAAAACAAAUCAAUUUAUGUAACUAAUUCAAUACUAAGCAAAGAAUAAAAUUGCACAUAGUAAAAUUGGUUCUUUUUGUUUUCAUAAGCAAUUAACGUAAUAUUUCUUAAUAGAAAGCUCUAUUUAACGUUCUCAAUUGCUUUUUCAAAAAUGAAAGGUUUAGGAGAGAUGGGAUGAUAUUGAAGUAUGCGCCAAGAGAGUUGUAUUUAUAAAGUUCUUAAUAGGAAAAAAUAAGGAGCAUAUUACAACUUUAGGAUGUUGUAACUGCUUCUCCUUUUAAUAAGAGGAUCAUAUACAUCUGCAUUAUGGUUUGUGAGGAAUAAAUUCGACAUCAAGAUUGGUAAAUAGGCAUAAUAACUAUAGAGUUUGUUGAAAUAACAGAUAAGAAUAAUUACAAGCCCCCAUUUAAAGAGUUUUAUUACUUUUUAUGA